ACUUCAAAAAAGUGAGGCAAAACAAAUUGAUCAUUUGUUUUCGAUGUGAUGUCUGUAACUAUUGUCAGAAUCACUUCCAGAGCUGGACUUCAGUAUGAAGGAGCACUUCACAGCGUAGACGAUAAACAUUGCACUGUUACGUUAAAGAAAGUUCGAUUGUGCAAUAUGCCUGUGACAGAUUGCACAUUGCCAAAGAACAUAGACUAUGUUAUUUUUCGAAGUUCAGAUAUUGAUGAUGUUCAGCUAUCUUCCGCUACACAUGUCGAUCCAAUGAUCCUGAAUGACUCUGCAAUCGUCAGUGUUAUUCACGCUGAUGACUCGGAUGAUUCUUCAGAAAAUGCUUUUCUAAAGCAUGAUCCAAGCAUCGUGAAAUUUCAGCGUACAAAUCUCAGUUCCAAUCAUAUGUCUUUGACUGACCCAAAGUCUUCAGCAGAAUUAGAUACAAAUGAAGGAGACCGUAAUAAGCCAGUUUGUAGAUUUGACAGAGAAGUGAAUUAUCAACAAACUUCAAGUGAAAAGCCUAUAUAUCCCAAUUCGGAAAUGAUUACGUCUGUUAACUUAGUAAAUAAAAAAAACAAAUCAAAGAGUUUAGAUAGAAACGUUAAUUUAUUUCAACAACUGCAGUCAUCCGGAUGUAGGCACUUCAGUCUUGAGCGACACGCGAUUAAUAGGUCAAGUCAACGAACUUUGGAUUCAGUACAGCCGUCUGUUAUUAUGAAACAUGGAAAUAGAAAAGAAGUAGACAAUAAACAUAAGGAUAUACUAAGACGUCCAUUUUUCGACAAUUUUUCUUCUGAACCAAUUAAAAAAGAAAAACAGCUGGGGAACAAUAAGUUUCUUUUAAGUGCAAAUCCGGUACACCAUUCCUCCAAUCAAGAUUUCCCAUAUCAUCUAUCUGGCGAAAGAGGUGAAGGAAGGUUCACUAGAUUGCCGCUUUAUAAUCACAGUAUUAAGGGAAGAGUUAGAGGGGGAAACCUUUAUGAUGUGCCACCUUUUGUUCGUCAUGUGAAUCCCAGUUAUUCUUAUAUUACACCCGUAAUGUCGUCACGAGAUUACUCAAAAAUAGCAUAUCCUCAUACAGUUUCUGACAACUGUCGCAACUGUUUUAUUCGUUAUUCAAAAGCGCAUUGUUAAUAUGAAUAUACCCAGCCUUGGAAGGUAAAUACCCACCAACCCUUGCCAUUGUUUCCUAUGAAUUAGAUAUUACAAGUUGGAAACAUAAACAGACAGAUACUUUUUUGUUGCUUCGUUUCCAUUGCAGUUACGUUCAUUAUGUACGGCUUUUUUUUGUUUGUAUCACUUACAUGAUUGGUGAAUAUUUGAUUCUUUUUGGAAAGUGGUAUUGUAUAAAUAAACAAUUUAC